CGCACAGCUAUAUAUAGCUCUCACAUUGAUCAUUUCUUUCACUCACUACAAACUAAGCACUCUCUACUCCUGAAGCAUCAUCUCGAUCUUCUCUCACUUCUCCGUUCAAUUUUCACCGCCCUUUGCUCCAGAAAUGGCCAGCGUUGAGGUUGCACCGGCAGCAACAUUUCAAGAGACUGAGACAAAGCCAGUUGAGGUGACCAAGACCGAAGAGCCAGUGGCUGCACCACUUGCCCCGGAAACUGAAACCACCGAAACAUCAAAAGAAACAACACCAGAAGCAGAAGUGGCAGCAGAAGCAGAAGUAGUAGCAGUAGAUGAGCAACCAGCUGCUCCCGAACCCGAAGUAGAAGCUCCAGUUGAAGUUGAGACCAAGGAGGUGGCAAUAGAGAAAGUUAAGGCCGAGGCCGAGGAGGUGGCAGCGGAGCCAGAAGUAGAGAAGCCAGUGGAAGAAGAGGCUCAAGAGGUUAAAGCCGAAGAACCAGCUGCUGCUGGUUCUGAGGAGACAACAGAAGCCGCUGAGGAAUCAGAGGCUGCUCCGAUAGUCAAGGAUGAAGUAGAGAAACCAGUUGAAGCAGCGACGGAGGCUGCUGAUGUUGUUGCCACAGACGAAGCUCCGGUUGAGAAGGCCGAGGAGUAAAUGAUCGUAAACUUUGUGGCCGGGUUCUAGUCAAAGUUCAUUUUAGUUACAUAUCUAUUAUGUUUUCUCGGUUUAUUAUCAUUAUUACUACUAAGAGCAAGGCUUUAAAGGCAGAGUAAUGUGGAAUGGCAAUUGGAUCCAUAAGGCUUUAUAUAAGGGAAACCAGUUUGAUAGCUAGGGUGAAGAGGAUUGAUGCAGAUGGUACGGUGAGCUGAGAGUGGGAGGUUGUAGUGAUUGGUAAUUGGUAUGGUGUGAUGAGUUGUGCUUUCUCUAAGUUUUGAAUAAUAUUAUUAUUGGUUUUAUGUUAA